AUGUCUUUCAUACCCGGUUCGUUGGGUUUUGAUGAAUUCGGUACGCCGUUCAUCAUCAUCAAAGACCAACACAAACAGCGUAGGUUGACUGGCAUCGAUGCUUUGAAGUCGCAUAUUAUGGCCGCGCGGUCUAUCGCCAAGACGUUGUACACGUCGUUGGGUCCAAAAGGUUUGGACAAAAUGAUGGUGUCAUCUGACGGUGAAGUGACUGUUACCAACGAUGGUGCCACCAUUUUGAAUAUGAUGGAUGUUGAUCACGAGAUCGCUAAGCUCAUGGUACAACUGUCUCAGUCUCAAGAUAAUGAAAUCGGUGAUGGAACUACUGGUGUUGUAGUGAUCGCUGGAGCUUUGCUUGAACAAGCUGAACAUUUGCUUGAUCAGGGUAUACAUCCUAUCCGAAUUGCAGAUGGUUUUGAAUUGGCCGCUCAGAGUGCUUGCAAGCAUUUAGACUCAAUUGCUGAUUCAUUUCCAGUUGAUAUAAACAACUUGGAACCCCUUAUUAAAACAGCAAUGACAACUCUGGGAUCCAAAAUUGUGAACAAAUGCCAUCGUCAAAUGGCCGAAAUAGCUGUAAAUGCAGUAAUAGCUGUAGCAGAUUUUGAUAAACGUGAUGUCAAUUUUGAGUUGAUCAAAGUCCAAGGAAAAGAAGGAGGAAGAUUAGAAGACACAAUGUUAGUAAAAGGAGUUGUAGUUGAUAAAGACUUUUCACAUCCUCAAAUGCCAAAAGAACUGAGAAAUGUUCAUCUUGCCAUCCUCACCUGUCCGUUUGAACCACCUAAGCCAAAGACCAAGCAUAAGUUGGAUGUAGCUUCAGUUGAAGACUAUAGAGCACUAAGGAAAUACGAACAAGAUACAUUCAAUGAUAUGGUUAAAAAGGUGAAAGAUGCUGGUGCUACAUUAGCAAUUUGUCAGUGGGGUUUUGAUGAUGAAGCUAAUCAUUUGUUAUUGAAACACGAAUUACCUGCUGUACGUUGGGUUGGUGGACCUGAGAUUGAAUUAAUUGCAAUCGCAACUGGAGGUAGAAUCAUUCCUCGUUUUGAAGAAGUUUCUAAAGAAAAACUGGGUUAUGCUGGUAAAGUUAGCGAACUUUCUUUUGGUACCACUAAAGACAAAAUGUUGGUGAUUGAAGAAUGCAAGAAUUCUCGUGCUGUCACCAUAUUUAUACGUGGCGGAAAUAAAAUGAUCAUUGAAGAAGCCAAACGCAGUAUUCAUGAUGCUUUAUGUGUCGUUCGAAACUUGGUGCAAGAUAACCGUAUAGUUUAUGGUGGUGGUGCAGCUGAAAUUUCAUGUGGUAUCGCUGUUUCUACAGAAGCAGACAAAAUUUCUUCUAUUGAGCAAUAUGCAUACAGGGCAUUUGCAGAUGCUUUAGAAAGCGUUCCAUUAGCUUUAGCUGAGAACAGUGGUUUGUCACCAAUUGAUACGUUAACUCAAGUUAGAGCCAGACAAAUCAAAGAAAAUAACCCAGCUCUUGGGAUAGAUUGUAUGCUUGUUGGAACUAAUGACAUGAAAGAACAAAAUGUUAUCGAGACUCUUCACAGCAAGAAACAACAGAUUAUUUUAGCUGCACAACUAGUUAAAAUGAUUUUGAAAAUUGAUGACGUCAGAGUUCCAGGAGAAAAUUUUGAUUAG